AUGUAUACAACAGUUACUCUAGAACAUGUGGUGUCUGGGGGCGUGGCCAGUAACCAGUACAUCCGCAAAGCCCUGAGUCUGAUCACAGAGAGGGAGGGGCUGAGGCUGCUCUGUCCUCCACCACAACUCUGCACCGACAACGGAGUCAUGAUCGCAUGGAAUGGAGUGGAGAGACUGAGGGAGAACAGAGGAGUCCUGUCUCCAGAUGUGGACGUCUUCUACCAACCAAAAGCGCCUCUCGGUGCAGACGUCUCAGACCAGGUCCGGGCGGCGGCCAUUAAACCUCCUCCAGUGAAGAUGAAGAUCUCAUGA